GCUAUAGUGACGCUUUGUCGCUGUUGUUGAGUGUAGCGUUGGCGUUAAAUAAAACAGCAGCACGUAAACGAGCGGAAAUUAUGUCCGCGGAAGUAAAGUUACCAUCUUAUUAUGCCGAACUUGCUAAAAGAAACCCAGUUAUUUUAGCGUUUCAACGAGACACGAGCUCGUUUAAAACACUCAUGAGACGUGUUUCCUCUUCACCUGCGCAGAACAACAGUGGCUACGCUAAAGGGAUUAAAGUGCUGGUGGAGAUAGGGAGAAAAUACAAACAUCGAGUGCCUUCAAAGUUGUACCAAGAGCAUAUGCUACAGAUUGCAGAUUUUCUUUUUGGAAUAAAGUUGUACCAGCUGGCUUUGUGGCAGGGAUACAGUCUUCAUUUGCAGUCAUUCACCUCAGUAAAUAUAACUGACAUCACAGAUGUGGAGCACUUCAUGGCCUGCUUUUUCCCUGAAGGCUUUGACAUGGACCACAACAUCCUAUUAAUGAAGUUCCGUGCACUGCAGGGCUGUGCCAUAUGUAUAUUUGAGCUGGAGAAAAAGCAACGUGUCCUCAGCCACAAGGGUCUCACUAAACUGCUGCAGAUACUAAAUUCCAUCAGGAUCAUGAUGCAAGCUUGUCAGCAACAUGAGAGCCUCUGCUGUCAAAUAUAUAAUGGAUCUCUGUGCAUCUAUAAUAUCUGCCGUUACCUGAUGACCAUGAAUUGUAGUGCACAGGCACUGGAGUACCUGUUGUGGGCCAGUGUCAGUGUAGAGCUGUCCAUCCCUCUGAUGACUGCUCAGUAUGUGGACUGGAUUGUCACAUUGUACUGUUCUGUCUGCUACUGCUACUAUGACAACAAGGCUGUGGCAAAUUCAGAGGAAUUUGCAAGGAGGGCCUUAGGAAAAAUCAACAACCUUGCAAAUCUGGAGGAGCAAAGUGGAGGUCCUGCCACCAGAGAGACUCAGAGAGCUUACAGAGAAGCUUCGAUCAAGCUGGCUGCCAUGACAUUAAAGUGGACUUUACGCAAAAACAGGAAGCAAUCCAAACCCAUAUCCAGAGCCAAAAUCAAAAGCAGUCUGCAGGACAUACCGAAUGUGCCAUGGCCUCGGACUUCAACAGAGCAUGUGCUAAUGAGCCUCUUUGACAGCAGUGCAGCUCAGUUCUUGGGUAUCCUAGAAGCACUAUGGGACAGCACCAUAGGCCCACUGCAAACCUUUGAACUGUAUGAACCAGUGAUGCAAGAGGUGGUCCUGGAGCUCCUUUCUGCUGGUAUCAGUAUACUGUCUGGAGAAGAACAGCAGAAUGACCACUGGUGUCUGUCUCGUAGCAUGUUGACGUCAACAAGCACUCAAAUGGAAUUAGCCAUGACAGGACAAAAUAAAGUAUCUGUCAUGUCUGCGGUGAAGUUCAUUAAGCUGUUGUUCCAGUACAAGCAGCUGGAUGUUUUUGCUGCAUUUACCAGACAGAUGCUGCAGAUUCUGCCUGAUGUUCAAGGCCAAUUAUUCAGGAAGGCAGAGCUGGAGCUUGCUUUACUUAACAGUUUCAACUCUUUCCAAUCCGCACGACAAAAGUCUGGAUCCUCAAAGACGGAAGAGCUUGUUUCCCUUGUAGAGACUCUACAGAAAUCUGUUUGUGGCUCUGUUCCUUUGCAGCUAGAUGUCGACCUGGUUCUGGAUAUUGUGUUGUUUCUGUGGAAUGAAAUUAAAGCCCAGAUGCAAAAGACUCAGUUGCAACACCCAAAAUCUGAGCACUUCCCAGAGGAGAUGGAGCACUACCAAAAGUGGGUUCGGUGCCUGUAUGUGCUGCAUGAUGUGGCAAUAGUCUGUGAUCUGUCUGCUGUUGACUGCAUAAUGAUGGCAGAGAUCACUCACAGAUUGGCUGUGGUCCUCGAGAGUGCAGUGGAACACAAUCAGCAUAUAAGCUGUCUGGAAGCUAGUGAAGAAACCAGUGAUCACGUGAAACCAAGCUCUUUGUCUGUUCUUGAGGGUUCAAGUACAAAGCUGCUUCAGAAGCUUUGCAAUGUGUUGAAGAAGGGACUUGAAGCUGUGGCAAAGGGUCGAAUUGCACUUAUGUCUCAAGACUGCUCAGCAAUUACUGACGCUGCCUACAUCCAGAAAUUUAGAUCUUCCUUUCCAUCAACAUCCUCCCUACCUUCUCUGCUUUCAUCAGAAGAAGAAAAUGGAAACAGUGGGUUGAGUAAGAGGGGGAAAAUGGAACCCAGUGAGGACUCACAUCAUAAAACCUGUUGUCAAAGUCAGUCUACGCAUAGAACCAUGCUGGCUUUAGACCUUCACAUGAAGCUGAUCAUCUGCUACCACAGAGCUACUCUGAAGUUACUGCAGCUAAAUCCAGCUGUGACAGAGCAUGAGUUACUGAAUCGGAUCAACAAGAACAAGGUGUCCAAAGCUAUUUUCUUGAUAGAGAAAGCUUUGUUGCUACACAACAGCACAGAGCCAAGACACAACAACAAAUGCCGGGCCCUACUAGAGGAGGCCUCUGCCAUGAUAUUGAAAGCUGGGAUAGAGGAGAGAAGGCUGUACAUUUCUGCCACCUGUACAUCUAAUACAACAACAGUUGAAAACAAAAAUAGGAGAAUGAAGGAGGAAAAACAAAAACCCCCACCUCCUCCAGUCCUAGUCUCUCGCACUGACAACUCCUUGGCUUUUGUUCCGGCACAUUAUAGCAUGGAAAAACAAGUUUGCUGGUACCAGAUCUUUGGCCAUGCAGCUGAGGGUAUUAACCAGAAAGUCCGCCUUGGAGAUUGCAGCCUACUAGGAACUGGGAAUUUGGUACCAGUCAGUUCUGGUCUGUGUGUCCUGAGGGUAGAAGGACUGGAGCACAAUCAGAUGUAUGUGUUUGCUGUAGCAGCCUAUGAUGCACAGGGUGAUCUCCUGGGCAACACCAUAGGAGAGACAACAUCCCCAGUUUUGGCAUCAAUGCCUCUGUCUCUGCUCACCACAUGGGUUCACUUAGCACAGGUGGCAUUUCAAAUGGGUCAGUAUGCUGUAGCAAAGGUUGCCUCCAGGGAACUGUGGAGCCACUACACCAACUCCAGUGAGGGGUUUCACUACACAGAGAAGAGUUUAGCUAAAACAAGGUUGCGUGUCCAGACCCUUCAGAAUUCCUCUUCUCUCCUGUGUAAAUUAUUCCUCACUUCCAUUUUCAUUGAGACAGAGAUCAACAUUCAACAGGGAUCACUCUACUGUGACACAUUUGGUGACAGUGGGCCAUUUAUCUGGCAACAGGAAUCCAGGAUGGCGGAAUGUGAUCGAGUGCUUGUGGCCAUGGACCUGGCACUGUGGCUGAAUGACAGUAGUGCUGCUGUACAAGCAGUAGUUUACUGUUAUGGGCUGUUGGCACCUCUAAUCUUCCACCAGGUCAUUUAUGAACCAAUGGUACAGGUGCUAAUAAAAUGCUUGAUAGUUUUAGAGGAAAGUUUAAUUGCUCUCAAACAAAAAUGGACUGGAAACACUUCAGAGGCACUUUUGCACAUGAUAGCCUGCAUCACCUAUUACCUUUCAAAGGCACUACGUGUUCUCAAGCAUUAUCAAAUGGCUUCUAUGGUGAUAGACUGUGGUCAAAAGCUCCUCCGGGAAGUCUACAAUGACCAGCUGCAUUUCAGCAGGCUUACAGAUUGUAGUCCUGAAGUAAUGAAAUUAAGUCUUCAGCUGAAGGCACUACACAUGAAGACAAGAAUCACACAUGAAGCAGCUCCCACCACGGACAGUGAGAUCUCACAUCUGCAUGAACUGAGUGACUGUGCGGAUGCUGCCAUGCUUUAUGAUCGCAUCAUUAGCAGCUCAUUAAAGUCUGCAUAUGAGGAUGUGAUUAAACACAGACAUGAGGCAUAUUUCAUCGAGAUUGCUGCUGUGCUGCUCCAGAGGACCAUGGAAGAAAACCACCCAGAACUUGUUAAAAAAUGGGGGAAAAAAAUAUUGGGAUUUGUUUCCAGACGUGUUGAGGAGAUGGGAUUCUCUGUGAAGUGUUUGGCGGACAGCAGUCAGAGUGACUUGAGGAAUGCUGUGCAGCCUCAAAAUGAAGCAUCCAAAACAAAAGUACAAAAACCUGCAGAAACACCACAGAAGAUCACAUCUUAUGAUGACACAAGAAUGACAUCACAGCAGCGAAAGCCACACAGCUUACAUCAGGAAAUACAGACUUGCAGGAAGAAGAAAGCGCAGAAGAAACUGCUCAAACUGAUGUCAUCUACAGUGCAUCGCCAUAAAAAGCGGGUUCAGCAGAGGAAGUUAUGCGCUGAGGAGAGAGUGUGGAGGUCACACAUCAACUACAGUAUUGCUCAGUCACAUUUAGCAAUGCUACACAAACACCUGCACCAGCUGUAUGGAGAAACCCUGCAGCACAGGUACAGUGAUUUAAGCCCCUUGUGGUUCUCUUUGGCCUCUUCUGGUGUCCUGGUGCAGAGGACCAACUCAAAGCAGCAGCAGUCUCCUGACUGUGAAGCCUCAGAGACUGACUUCCUACACACUGGUGUUGAUUCUGUGUCUGCUUUGCAUAGAGAUGAGGAGAAAGAAGAUGUUAGACUUGAUGAUUUCAUCAGCGCAGAGAGUGAUGUUAUGGAUGUUGCAGAAGAGGACUUUUCUGAAACUGUGACACAACAGUCAAAGAAGAACCGAUCCACCACUGCCUCCAUACUGCGUUCGCUGAAUAAAGCUGCUUUACAUCUUCGAAGAGCAAUGGUGCUGGCGCAUCGUGGCAGCCACUGGACCACUCUGCACAGAGUGUGUCAGACUGUGUGGGACCAAAGCUGUGCAAUCACUGACCUGUUUGAAAGAGGAACCCAGCUUGAGCCACUUUGCUCCAUCUCCACAGACCAGCUGCACACCACCUUUACCCCUCUGCUCGUGCUGGCUACUGACCUUCUAAUGGACAUGUUGAACAGACUAGGGUUGUGGAGUUUAUAUGACAGUGAGUCGGCUAAGGAAGAACUGGAGUUCAGUCUCCACUUCUCAGUCCCACUGGAUUACAGCAUCAUGGUGGACCUGCGUUGGGUGCGAACUCUGGUGUUGCACACUCUCCAAAGGCUGCAUUACAGUGGCAAGUGGGAAAGCCUGGCCCAUUUUGCUUUACUUUUCAACUCAUACACUCGGGAACAUUAUGCCUUGAUAGUGACUCCUCUACUAGUCCAUGCACAGAGGAAACUGCUUGAGAGGAUUAGCUCCUUUGGAGGACCUGCAGUCCCACAGCCGCACCACCUCAAGACACAGAAGGCCAUUGGAACAGAGAUAACUUGCAGAAACUAUGCUACAAGCCAGCUACUUAGUGGUUGGACCCCCUACCCAGCAGAACAACGAACCAUCCCCACAAAAUCUCCGCUCAGUAACCCAACUUCCCUGGAUACAGCUGAACAUCAAGAGAGCUCCAUGUCCCUUGUUUGUGUUCCGGUGGAUGUGGAAGACACACUGCAGUGUUACCGUCAGGCUCUUGAGAGAAAACCAUACUGUCUGCAAAUCUUCCAGCAUAGCCGCUUACUGCUGCUGCUACUUCUGGCGCACACACAGUCCAACUUUACGUUCCAAUUCUGUAAAGGAAUCAGUGCUAGCCACUCCUCAGGAGGGCUUGAGUUCAAUCCCAUAAUCAUAUCCACUCCAAAAACUCAACCUUGUGAGCUGACAGAGGAAGACUACAGCAAUCCAAACGCUGUCUACAGCCUCUCUAGCAGAUGUGACAACGUGCCGACUGUCAGCAUGGCAUAUUCCGCCUGUAUAAAAUAUCUCCUGGCCAACCAGCAUGACUCCCUUGGAGUUCAGGCACUACAUGACAUGGGAAACCUGCAGUACUGUCUCGGAAACAAAAGGAAAGCACAUUCAAACUGGUGUAAAGCAGUAGACUGUGCAUUAAAGAGCUCUAAUGUGCUGGAGAAAUGGGAUGGGGUGUCAUUUGGGAGUGACUCAUUCCAUCAGACGGUGAAAAUUUGUGGCAUUUGGGGCUGUCUGCAGGCUGCUGGCAUCACUGCUAAAAUCGCACAGUAUAUCUUAAUUUCUGAUACCAACCAGCGGACCAAAUGCUGUCUUUUGUCUGCCUACCUCUUUAAGUGUGUGCUGUGUUGCUCUUUGGCUCAACCACAGUCCGACCUCCAAUACGCCUCAUACAGGAUAGGAGAUGAACUACUUCCUGAAGUUGACCUGUUCUCAGAACCCCACAGGGUUCAUCUUGGUACCACCAUAGCCAACCUUAACUUUAUCUGCCACUGGCUUUUCUCUACAGGCUACUACAUCACGCUACUGCCUAUACUGGCCCUUUACCAACAUUUGGUGGGGACUGUGUGCCGAGACCUACAACGCAGUGUUGAGAGCAAAAUACUGAAGGUACUUGUUCUGACUGAGCUGAGUCUCUUCACUCAAGCUGUAAAGGAGAUACUUGAACUGACACAAGGAACAGAUAUCCCUCUAGCUCAUGGUCACAACAUCUGUAAAGAUGAUCUUCCGCCAAUGAGGAGAUUCUGCAGUAGCAAAUCUCUCCAGGACAAUAUUGAGGCUUUGGAUGAUCUGGUGAACUGCAACUUUGCUCCAGAUGUGCAAUCACUGUAUGGAUCCACACUGUGUCAGAGAUGCAACCUGGCUCGUGUAAAACUAAUCUUGGCUCUGUGUAGCACUGUACAUGGAAUUCCAAUGCCAGGAACACCUGUAAAGCAGUCUGUGCCGGAAAAGGAUGAGGAAAAGAAGCCAGGAAAUGAGCCAACAUUGCUGGAUUUUGAUUGCCUUCAGGAGAAACUCAUUCCAGAAAAUAUUAAGUUCCUUUUGCUGGAAGGAGCGUCGUCUCUGUUGAACUGUAUUUCACGACAGCUCACAUCUCAGUCCUGUGGUGAGUUUGAGGCCCUGGAACUGGCUAUAGAGUUCAGUCUUCUUAAAGCCAACCUCUACAUGCAACAGGGGAACACUGCGCUUAGUGUUGACAUGGCAGUUUCUUCCUUGAAGCUACUGCAGACAUCUCCUGUAAUUGUGAAAACAUCCAUACCUGAUUCUGAAAAGCCUGAAUCUCAGCAUUCAUGUUCCAUGUCCAGAAGAGAUCAGGGUUGUAUAUUUUCAUACAGUGAACCACAACAUCCAGGUGGUGACAAUCCCAGAGAUGUUGAGGCCAGUGAACGCAUUGGAGUUGCACUGUGGUUGCGUUUUCGCCUAGCCCUGUUGCGCAGCCUGGCAGCACAAACAUCUGGUACAAACUAUAAGGAGGGUGCGGUUUCAGCAUUACAUGAGACUCUUGCAGAAUGUGCAUCAUGGGGAGAUCCUGACAUUCAAGCCCUUUUCAUGGUUGAAGGUGCUGCAUUGGAAGCACAGAGAGGAAAUACUGAAGAUAGCAUGUCACUGCUUCAAGAAGCAGUGAGCCUGUUAUGUGGAAGAAGAUAUAUGCCUCCGGGAUCCUGUGUUACUUUGGCUGAAGCCACAUUGCUGCUGAGUGAUCUGAGAGGGGCACCAAGCAUCAAACUUCUGAAAUUCACACAAAAACUACUGCAGAAACAGCUACAAAUUUUUGGACAGAGCGUCAUGUUGGAAGAUAAAAUGUGUUUUCCUGUACCGGAACCCAUGAAUAUCUACCUGCCUUACAGAAAUUUACUGGCUAAGACAACUGCGGCCAUUGACAAAAUUCAGGCAUCCAUUAACAUGGAGAAACCAGUGUCGAAUUAGCAUGCACUUCUUGUCUUCCUCCAGUCCCCAAAGUUCACAGGUUACAGGCAUCCUCAAAACUUCCUGGCUUGGACCUACUCCAGGGCUUGAAGGCCACAAGAUGUUUCUCUCAGCAAGGGGUUUCUCACAGUCCUCGAUGAUUCAUGCAGUGGGGUGAAAAACUAACUUGUCUGAAAAAAGAAACUAAAGUCCUGACACUGUAUACAUGGAUGUAUGUAUUUAUCUUAUC